AGGGCAGGGCUAAAGGAAGGAGUGUCCAUAUAAUAAACAGAGCUCGGAACUUGAAACAGAGUUAAGAUGUACUCAAGGGAACUUUGAACUUUGCACUUUGGUGAAAUAUUCCUUUCAAUUUAAAUUUCUCAACUUUUCUUCAGAAAUUAAGUUUACUUUGAUCUUCUCUCUUCUGAAUUGCAGAAGUCAGAUAAAACUACAUGGUAAAAUGACCUCUUGUCACGUUGCUGAAGAGCCUAUAAAAAAGGUUGCUAUAUUUGGAGGAACGCAUGGCAACGAGCUAACAGGAGUCUUUCUAGUUAAGCACUGGCUAGAGGAUGGUGCAGAGAUUCAGAGAGCAGGGCUGGAGGUGAAACCGUUUAUUACCAACCCAAGAGCAGUGAAGAAGUGUUCCAGAUAUAUUGACUGUGACUUGAAUCGAGUUUUUGACCUUGAAAAUCUUGGCAAAAAUAGGUCAGAGGAUUUGCCAUAUGAAGUAAUAAGGGCUCAAGAAAUAAAUCAUUUAUUUGGUCCAAAAGAGAGUGAAGAUUCCUAUGACAUUAUUUUUGACCUUCACAACACUACGUCUAAUAUGGGGUGCACUCUUAUUCUUGAAGAUUCCAAGAAUGACUUUUUAAUUCAGAUGUUUCAUUAUAUUAAGACUUCUUUGGCUCCAUCACCCUGCUAUGUUUAUCUUAUUGAGCAUCCAUCCCUCAAAUAUGCAACCACUCGUUCUAUAGCCAAAUAUCCAGUUGGUAUAGAAGUUGGUCCCCAGCCUCAAGGGGUUCUGAGAGCUGAUAUUUUGGAUCAAAUGAGAAAAAUGAUUAAACAUGCUCUUGAUUUUAUACAUCAUUUCAAUGAAGGAAAAGAAUUUCCUUCCUGUGCUAUUGAGGUCUAUAAAAUAAUGGAGAAAGUUGAUUAUCCCCGGAAUGAAAGUGGAGAAAUUGCUGCUGUUAUCCAUCCUAACCUGCAGGAUCAAGACUGGAAACCAUUGCACCCUGGUGAUCCCAUGUUUUUAACUCUUGAUGGGAAGACGAUUGCGUUGGAUGGAGACUGUACCGUGUACCCGGUAUUUGUAAACGAGGCAGCAUAUUAUGAGAAGAAAGAAGCUUUCGCAAAGACAACCAAACUAACACUCAAUGCAAAAAGUAUUUGCUCCUCUUUACAUUAGAAAUCACUGUUAGCUCACUUGUUACACAGCAUUUUGAAAAACUCUACUAGCCUGUAAGCUCCUUGAGGGCAGGAUUGUGCCUUAUUCAACUUCAUAUCCUUAGCACCUAGCUGAGUGUCGUACACACAGGAGGCAUUCAAGCAGUAUUUCUAUAAUAAGUGAAUGUUUUAAAAGUAUAUUUAUGUAUGUAGCUUAUCAAUAAAGUACAUUUCCUAUUUCUGUAUCACUUUUGAUAUACUUUAUUAAAGAGUUUAACAUUCUUAAUAAGCAGCUUUAAAUUCAAAAUGUAAAAUUAAAGAUAAAAAAAUUGAAGAUACUAGGUACAAAAAAUUCUUGAGCAUAGACUUAAAUGUAUGUUUUCAAGUUGUGUAUAAAUGCUAUUAGAAACUAAUGGUUUCUAGUACUUGCUGAUUUUUAUAUUUAAAGUAAUGAUAAUAUGUUAAAUAUCCAGUCUAUAAACUUUAGCAACUGUUCUGAUAUCCUCAGGAAAUUUUUUAAAUGUUCUUUUGCAAAUAAAAUAUGAAAGUGAAAUGGGGACUGAUUGUAAAGGUGGCAUUAUGAAUAAAUCAAAAAACUAUGAA